AUGGAUAGGAUCAGUCCGUUGUCAGAUGACGUAAUAAUAAAAAUAUUGUCAUUCGUUGGAACAAAAGUUGCUGUAUCCACUAACCUUUUGUCCAAGCGAUGGCGUUAUCUUUGGAAACAUGUGCCUACGCUUAAGUAUCGUGAUCCAUCUAGUGACUGCGAGCAUUGGAGAGCUUCGCGUUUCGUUGACAAGUUUCUGCUACUUCACAAAGCUCCAGUCUUGGAAUAUCUGAAUCUCAAACUUAGUUGGAAUUGUCCUCCUGUAGAUAUUGAAACAUGGAUUGAUAUUGCAAUUUCUCGUGGUGUGCGUGAACUUCAAAUGAUCCGACAUUAUCCUCCUUCAGGGACAAUACCGUUUCCAGUUUCAGGUCCCAUAACCUUACCUAGGAUCAUGUAUACAUGUGAAACCCUUGUGACUUUACACCUUAAAGUAGGUAAGAUCAUUGUGAAUGAUAUUCCUUCAGCAAUUUGUUUUCGGUCACUCAAGGUUUUGGUCCUGUGUUUUGUGAAAUUCUCAAGCAAUGUGCUCGUUGAUAGGAUUUUGUCCGGUUGCCCUGUCCUUGAAGAACUGAGUGUGGUUCGAGUCAGCAAUGACAAGGUGAAAACGUUCACAAUCGCGGUUCCUUCAUUGAAGAAGUUGAUAGCCAUAGAGAGUGGCUAUCAAGAUCCCGGUGAUGAUGUUCAGUUUGUGAUCAAAGCUCCUCGUUUAAAGUCGUUGUUUAUUUACUCUCGCUGUAGUGGGUUGCGUUCACUAGUGAAAAUGCCAGACCUCGUGAAGGCUGAUAUCAAGCUUAGACUUGGUGAUUCUAACAACAUUAUGGGAUGUCUUACCUCAACCAAACGGCUUUUCUUAUGUCUACGACCACCAAUGGAUUCAUGUUCAUUAGGCGUCUUCAAUCACCUCGUGUCUCUAACUCUUUGUACAUGCUCUUUAGAUUGGUGUUGUCUUAUACUCAACCAUACACCUAAACUCCGAGCUCUCGGAUUCAGAAUAAAACAACGAGCAAGGUUGCAUGCUAAGAUAAAGCCUCCACAAAAAUGUUGCCGCAGUUCUCAAGAUGUGCAAACUCAAUAUUGGGAGCAGCCGAGUUCUGUUCCUCAAUGUUUGAUUUCGAGUCUUGAAACUGUUGCCUGGAUUGAUUACAAAGGAACAUCAGUAGAGAAAAAAGUGGUGAUGUAUUUGUUAAAGAACUCUGGAAAGCUAAAGAAAUUGGCUAUUAGAUCCUUGAAAUGGACCAGUGAUAAAGAGAAAUUCAAGAUGCUCCAAGAGCUGUCGUCUACACGAAGGAGUUCUACUAAAUGUCAGCUUACGUUCACCUGA